AUGGUUGCGCAAUACGGGCCCGGGCCCGGCCCUGGUGUUGGCUCACUUGGGGUGGGCGGCGGCGCCAGCGACCGGGAUGUGUCCAUGUUGGCGUUGCGGGGACCAUCCUCGGUCGUGGGCGGCGCUGGUGGCACCGGCGUGCGGGCGACAUACCGAGACAGCUACAGCCACCACGGCCACGGCCACGCUCACCACAGCAGUAACAACAGCAACUUUAGCUCGUCGACCCCGUACGUCUCGUCGCGAGCUCGAAGAUAUAACCGCUCCCACGCCGGCGGCGCUUCCUUCAUCCCGCAAAACGAAUUCCCUGUUUUCAGCCAUAGCGGCGAUGUCGAGAUCGUCGUGCGCGUCCCCUGCGGACUCGAGAACCGAUACCUACUGCAUCGACACAUUUUGACGAGGUGUUCGGGUUUCUUUGAAGCCAGCACCAGCCAGGAAUGGUCGCGCGCCCAGACGGUUCCAGGAGCAGGAGGGGGAGGGGGAGAAGGAGUAAUACCAGAGUUGCCCGCGCCGGGCGGCGCAUCCAAGGGUGGGAGCAGCGGGAACGGGGCAGGAGGAACAGGAACAGGAACAGUAGCAAGGGCGACGCAGGAUUCAACAAGCCCCAAAAAGCGAUGGCGAUACGAACUCGACACCGGCACCGACGACAACGACAUCCCCAUGCUCGUGCAAAAGGACGAGUCCUCUGCAUCACUAGCACCACCACCAAUACCGUCUACACCCUCCGGCCCUCCAACAACCCAAUCCUCCAUCUUCGGCAACGGCUCCGGGUCAGGAUCAGGGUCCUCGGGAGGCCGACACCGCAGCAACAGCCAAAAGUCCAACCACACCCAAUCCAAUUCCUUCUUCCGCUCUGUCGCCAACCUCUCGCUAUCCCACUCCUCCCACCGUCAAUCCCACCACCAGAACUCUCCCUCGGCAAGGGAAGAACCCCCUCAGGCAGACCUCGACCUCCUCCGCGACUACGACAACCUCUUCCGUAUCAUGUACAACUACCCGCCCACCCUUGACCCCAUUUCUUUGCCGGACGCCUACGUGCAAUGCAAGUCUCUGCUGCAGCUCGCCGACCAGUACGAUGCGCUAGCCGUCGUCGGGCCACGGGUCGAUCACCACUUGCUGCAGUUCCAGUCGCGGUUAUGGCGGCAGAUAGCUAAAUACCCCAUCUCCUAUCUGCGGCUGGGGUACUUGGCCAGGAGCAAGGUCAUCUUCCAGGAGGCGCUGAUACACGUUGUAGGCCAGUGGCCCGCGGGCGAACGGUCGAUCAGAGCAGCGAUGCCCGAGUCGGUGGUGGAUAUCAUUGAAGACAAAGUCGACGAGCUCGAAGAGGUCGUUUCACGCGUGGAAGCACGACUCUUCCGCUUAGGCGUCACCGGACGCGGAGGAGAGAGGGUAGGGCCGGGAAAUGGUUACGUCGAUUGGCUCGCCGUCAGUCUUUUCCGCGAAUGGCUAGCAGAAAACACCUCCCCGCCUCCUUCUUCGGCCGAGUAUACCUCCUCCUCCAAUAAACACCACAACUCCGAACGAUAUAGUCGCGGCGGACAUGGACAUGGACACCGUUCCAGCAACAACAACGUCACGAGCAAUAGGGCCCGCCAUAAUAGUUCCAGCUCCGGGUCUGCAUCAGGUUCCAACACUAACUCCAAUUCCGGUCCCCGAGGCGACCCCUACGCAGCAGCAGUAACAACAACAUCAGCAACAACGACCCCGAACCUCGCCACUUUAGGUCGCACUUUUCGUCUCUUGGGCGGUUCGCCCAAGGAGUACCUCACCUACGACGACUGCAAGCGCUUUCUGAAACUCUCGCCCGAGCUCUACAACCGCGACAAUCUGAGACGGUUCGAGAAGCGGAUCGAAGAGCUGAAAGCCAUGGCGAGAGAGGUGGUUCGGCCAUUGAUGGGGAGUGGGCUGGAACUGGAGAUUUCCGGCGGCGGGGGAAGUGGGAAUCCCGUAACAACAAAAGAGGGGAGGGGAGAUGGAAGUGGUGGGAGUGGGGGCAGCAUGCUGGGGUAUUUGACUUGUACGACGGUUUAUGAUCGGGAUUUACCGUGGAUGAGUUAUGAGUGA